CCGCUAAAAACACGCUAUAUUCCCUCCGCUAAAUUUGGCGGCACCAAAACAGCAACUCUAAUGGCUCCUCUUCCAUCCUUACUGGAUAUCAAUCUCACUCUAGAUUUCAUAAAGUUUUCCCAUUAAAUAAUUCUUCCCUAGGAUAGAAUCUCACUCAUUUUCUUUUCUGGGUUGCCUUUUUUCUUCAGAAAUCAAGAAAAUUCUCACAAUGGAAAAAUCAGGCCAUAAUUCAUUCUCUGAUCUUUUGUGUGAAGAAGAUGAAUCUUGCUUGAAUGAACGCUGUUUCCAGGAUAUGGGCUUCGAUUUGGGCUCUUUUUCUGUGUUUGAUGAUGAGUAUAUACAGUUGUUAAUCGAAAGAGAAAGCAUUUUUCAGUCGGAUGGAAAUGGUUUUUCAAUCGAGAGUGAAAAAAAAUGGUUGAAAUCCGCCCGUUUGGAUGCCAUUACUUGGAUUCUUGAGACAAGGGCCUUUUUUGGAUUUCAAUUUCGUACCGCUUAUCUUUCCAUUAUUUAUUUUGACCAGUUCAUUUCAAGAAUGUCCAUUGAUGACAGCAAAUGGUGGGCUAUAAGAUUAUUAUCAGUCGCAUGUUUAUCAUUGGCUGCAAAAAUGGAGGAACCUAAAGUACCAGCAUUAUCCGAAUAUCAUGUAGAUGAAUAUAAUUUUAAAGGAAAUGUGAUUAAGAAAAUGGAAUUGUUGGUUUUAAGUACUUUGGAAUGGAAAAUGAGUUCAAUAACUCCUUUUGCUUAUCUCAAUUAUUUCUCCUCGAAAUUCUGUGGUGAAUUAAGGUGCGAAGAACUGUUAAAACGAGCUGUUGAAUUGAUCUUGGCUGUAAUAAAAGAGAUUAAUGUGGGGGAAUAUCAGUCGUUCAUUAUUGCUGCAGCCGCAGUUUUAGCCUCGUAUGAGUAUCAGUUAACAAAAGAAUAUAUGGAGACUAAGAUGAAUGUUAUUCCAUCAUGGGGGUCCAUUGAGAAAGAGGAUAUAUUUUCGUGUUAUAAUCUACUGCGAAAGAUCGGGUUUGUGAAGUUCAAUACACCCAACUCAGUGAUUUCCCCAAAUUUAUUUUCAAGUCAAUCAAGCUCUGUUCAUUCUCUUGAGAAUUCUUCAAUCACCUCGACUGUUGGCGUAAAGAGAAGACUCGCAUAUCCUGAUGGUGAUCUAUGUUGUCCUCUUCACAAGAACCCUCGCCCGUAGUUGGUUUGAGGCAUUGAAUUUUGACGAUAAGAUUGGAUUUUUGGCCUUAAUAAACAUAACAACAUAUUGUAUGAUUUGGAGUGAUACAUGGCUCCCUUAUCGGCGUUAAGCAAAAGUCUUAUGUAGUGACAGCUAAACAAAUGAAAAAAGGAGGAUUUUGCAUAAAAAGAGAGAGAGAAAGAUAUUUUUCGAAUCCCAUUGAAGUUUGUUAAUACUUUUUUUUGGUAGCAUCGGGGUUUUCUUGUUUUCUCCCCUUUCUGAAUUCUAGUUUUCCCCUUAAUUUUCGAAAUUUUUCAUUAUGGAUAAAUUUUGCAUGCUUAUGCACCAUUGGAAUGCUAUUUGCCCUAAAUUUUGA